CCGCCGCCGCUGCUGCUGCAUUGUGGGAAGCGGGCGCCUGAGAGUGAGACGCCUCUCUCUCGCUCUCUCACUCGCUCCAGGCUCCUCCGUCCUUCGCCGCCAUCAUCGCCGCCGCCAUGGGCUCCGUCACCGACGAUGAAGUUAUUCGCAAGCGGCUUUUGAUUGAUGGAGAUGGUGCUGGUGAUGACAGACGAAUUAAUUUGUUGGUGAAGAGUUUCAUCAAGUGGUGCAAUUCUGGAUCUCAGGAAGAAGGUUACACUCAAUACCAACGCAUGCUGAGCACUCUGUCACAAUGUGAAUUUUCAAUGGGGAAAACUUUACUUGUUUAUGAUAUGAACAUGAGAGAAAUGGAGAACUAUGAAAAAAUCUACAAAGAUAUAGAAAAUAGCAUAGCUGCAGCACACGAAAAAAUCGCUGAAUGCAAAAAGCAGAUUCUUCAGGCAAAAAGAAUACGGAAGAAUCGCCAGGAAUAUGAUGCUUUGGCUAAAGUGAUACAGCACCAUCCAGAUAGGCAUGAAACCCUGAAGCAGUUAGAGGCUCUAGGAAAAGAGCUACAACAUCUUUCACAUAUCAAAGAAAAUGUUGAAGACAAACUGGAGCUGAGACGAAAACAGUUUCAUGUUCUUCUGAGCACCAUCCAUGAACUUCAGCAAACACUGGAAAAUGAUGAGAAACUUUCAGAAGCAGAAGAAUCUUCAGAUACUCCAAUGGAAGCGGAAAAUAAACAAUAAUGGCCCAGAACUCAGCUCAAAAGUCAGCUUUCUUUUUUUCCUGAAACUGAUGUCAAAUUAGAGGUCUGGUUUUUUUAAAAAAAACUUUUUUUAAAUAAUACUUUUUGUUCUGAAAACAACAUCAUGUUUCCAUUGGAGUAAAUUUGUUUUAAUGUUUGAAAUAAAAUACUAAGUUACCUUUUUUUAUACUGUAAUUAGAAUUGCAGAAUAAAGUAGUUCAGCCUUUGC